AUGUGCGUGCAGAUUCGUUCCAAUCCGUACAUUUACAGGGGAAAGAUCCCACUCAAGACUUGCCAUGAACUCCUUAUGGUGAGCCUGGACAUUGAGAAGAACUUGCAUGAGGUGACCCUGCCGUUCUUGGUCCUGCAUGGUGGAGACGACAUCGUGACAGAUCCAACAGUGAGCAAGAUGCUGUUCGAGGAAGCGUCGAGCAGAGACAAGGCCUUCAAGCUCUACCCUGGGAUGUGGCACGCGCUCUCGGCAGAACUCCCUCCCGACGCCGACCUCGUCUACUCCGAUAUCAUCUCUUGGCUGGACCGGAGGGUGAAUCGUGCUACUUGUGGAGCCAAUGUUUCAGAAAAUAUUGGCACAGCAAGUGCCUGA